AAAUAAAUAGAAAAGCACUAAAGCAUCUUGUUCGCUUUAUAAAUCACAUAUCUCACAAACCUGAUCAAACUACUAGCUAGCUAACUACACAACCUUAUUCCCUAUUCCCUGAUCCAAAAACAACCAAGAUGGUCUCCCUAGAAACUGUUCAAACUAACUCUAGAUCCAUUGAGCCAACUUCAAGUCCCAGGAUUUCUUUCUCUGCAGAGUUUCUGGAUGAGAAAAACUUCAUCUCCAUUAGCCCAAACUCUCUGCAGGUUGAAAAAGGUGAAGGCAUGGAGAUAGAGAAAGCAAGAAAUGGAGACUUUGAAUUCCUCUCAAGCAAUGCAAGUAGCCAUGCAAUGUUAACUGCUGAUGAGCUUUUCUUUGAAGGGAAGCUCCUUCCAUUUUGGCAAAUGCAGCAUUCAGAAAAGCUCAACAAGAUCAGUCUCAAAGCAAAAGACGAAGAGGAAAAAGAGGUGAACAAGGAGGAGAGUACUAGGGUAAAUUGGUUUGUUGAUGAUGACCCAUCACCAAGGCCACCCAAGUGCACUGUUUUAUGGAAAGAGCUAUUAAGGUUGAGGAAGCAACGCGCUUCUUCUUUAUCACCAUCUUCUUCUUCCUCAUCAUCAUCAUCUUCAGCUACCUCACUUGCUGAUGUAGCUACAAAAGAUGAAGGGAAGGGAGGGUCAGGGAAUAGAGAGAAGCAUGUGAAGAGGAUAAAGAAAGGGUUGGAGAGGACAAGGUCAGCUAGUAUUAGAAUAAGGCCUAUGAUCAAUGUCCCAAUUUGCACACAAAUGAAGAACAGUGCAUUGCCACCUUUGUUUCCACUGAGGAAGGGAAGAUUAGAUAGGUGAGGAUGAGAAAGUGGUAGCUGAAGUUCCCUCUGAUCUCUGCAGAGUUGUCAUAUAUGUUCAUCAGUCUCAUUUCUUUUUAUUUCAUUAUAAAUUUUUCUGUGUUUUUGUGUUUAGAUUAAUGUUAAUUAUGGUGAGUUAUUGUGGAUCUGAAGAAUGACAAUGUAAAUGCUGACCUUUUCUUUUUGUUCGAUUAUAUUAAUCAAGUAAUUUUAGUUGCAUUUCUUA